AUCAAUGCUGCGGAACACCAUUUUACUUCCGUUGUUUUUAUUGUUGGAUCUGUAACUCCAUACUACAUGCAUAACGGGACAUUUCAAAUUAGUAAAAGGAAGUUUCCAACAAAACCCCGGGGACAUUUUUGACCAGUAUACGACGUCGUUCCUGUACUUACAUGGAAUAUAUGAAAUUUAUAGAACCUGUAAUUCAAACAAUGAGAUUGAAAAUGUUAUAUCAAAGAAAAUAUUGUAACCAGUAUUUACUUCUUGCAACUGGUCUCUUGCUGUUUAUAUAUGGACAUAAUCACACUGGAAUAGAAGAUAACAUUCUGGAUAAAGGGAAAAAAGGGGAAAAUUUUAUAAAAGCAAAACUACUGCACGAUCAAAUGGACAAUAUUGGACGGACCAAAACAGUGCAGUUUAAUAUAGAUGAAAUAAUGAAUAAACGAAUAAAACAUUUAAAACAAAAUUGUAAUAUACUAAAGAAAACUAAAGGUUCCAGUCAAAUAUUUUCACGUGGUAUACCAAUAGCUAAUACCAUGAACACGCAUCAUAUAUGCAAAGUUCCAAAAUCUGGAUCAACUUUCUGGACUGAAGUUUUUCUGACAUUAAGUAACGUGACACACGUGGAUAAUUUGGGUAACCUAACCAGAGAUAUGAUUCAUGUGGAGUUACAAGAAAAAAUUGUUUCAAGGAAUUUAAACGCAAGAUCGUCAGACACACUGCUAAUGAUUUCGCGGGAUCCAUGGAAACGAAUAUAUUCUGCUUAUAUGGAUAAAAUAUAUCAAAUUCAAACAGCGUAUAGAGACAAAAUUAAACAAAUGGUUGGUAAGUACCGUGGUUAUUGCGGUGAAGUUCCAACUUUUGAACAAUUUCUAAAGUACAUUGUUGCUCAAUCUAAGUACAAACUACUUGAUCCACAUUGGAGACCGAUUAGCUCCCUUUGUAGAGUUUGCCGAUACUCAUAUAAAUAUAUAAUGAAAAUGGAAUCAUUCGAAAAAGAUUCAGCGUAUGUCUUAAACAAAAUCCUACCUGAGAAUUCAGACAAAAAGGAAGCGUUAUUUUCAAAGUUAGCUAAUAAACAAGAUUAUUUGAAAGGAUUAGUUAGAAUGUUUACAUCACGAUUUCUAGAAAUGAAGGAUAACUGUGUUAGUUUCAUUGACACGAUGAAGAGGCUUUGGUUUUUGUUGCAAUCUCAAGGAUUACUAAGUGACCAAGUGAAUUUCUCCCCACGCUUCUUUUUACGAUUGUCUGCAGUUAAUGAAGAAGAAAUUACUGAGUUGUUUGUGGAGAAAAGUAAAGAGAUAAUACUUUCAAAGGCAGAAGAACAGCAACAAAGAAGCAAACAUUUCAAAGAAGCGUAUGCCUCAGUUGAUGUCAACGUUUUACUCAAGGUACAAAAAGUGUAUGAAAACGACUUUAGACUGUUUGGUUACAACAUGCGCUUAAUGUAAAGUUUGAGCCUUUUGGUAAAACAUUUUCCAAGCUUUAUUUCUUUAUUUGAAAACAGAGGA